UACCCAUGGGGGGACCUCAACCUGUGAUCGGAUAUAUUUCCGUACCCCUAAACUCGGCUGACCUACGAGAUUUUAAAAGAACCGAAAUGGGAAACUUAAUUGAGGACCCACUGGGAGUGGCAGAAAGAUUAAAUCAAUUUUUGGGACCAAACCUUUAUACUUGGGAUGAGAUGCAAUCUAUCCUUGGUCAAUUAUUUACUACCGAGGAAAGAGAUAUGAUUAGACGAGCAGGAAUGAGACUGUGGGAUGCUCAACAUGCCCAGGGACCCCAAGCAGAGAGUCAGGGGCUCUAUAUCUUAGGGGACCGGAGUCAUCAUGAGCCCUUGAUAAAAUUAAAAAUAGGUCCCCAUAAACAAGAGUUCACCUUUUUAGUAGACACUGGGGCUGAGAAAUCAACUAUUAAGCAAAUACCUGAGGGAUGUAAAGUUUCCCCUGAAAAGGUACAAGUAAUUGGGGCAAAAGGAGAACCCUUUAAAGUAAGCAAAAUCAAAAAUGUGGUAUUCGAAACUGAAAAUAAAUUUGGAAUGGGUGAACUCUUGCUCGUCCCUGAAGCAGAAUUUAAUCUGUUAGGACGAGAUUUAAUUGUUGAAUUGCAAUUAGAAAUUAAAGUGAAAAAUCAGGAGCUAACAGUGUCUGCUUAUCCUUUAACCGUGGAUGAUCAAAAACAAAUUAACCCCGAUGUCUGGUACUCUCCGGACACAAUUAGUAGACUGAAAAUCCCACCGAUUAAAAUCCAACUUUCCGAACCCCACAUACCUGUGAGGGUAAGGCAAUAUCCCAUAUCCCUAGAAGGACGGAGGGGAUUAAAACCAGAAAUUGAUCGAUUGUUAGCACAAGGAAUCUUAGAGCCUUGUAUGUCACCCUUUAACACCCCCAUUCUGCCUGUAAAGAAACCAAAUGGGAAAUAUCGACUCGUACAUGAUUUAAGGGAAAUAAACAAAAGAACUAUCACCCGAUUCCCUGUAGUAGCAAAUCCAUACACACUGCUAAGCAAGCUAGGACCCCAUAACUCCUGGUAUAGUGUGGCUGACUUAAAGGAUGCCUUUUGGGCCUGUCCACUGGCAGAAGAAUGCCGUGAUUAUUUUGCCUUUGAAUGGGAAGACAUAGAGACAGGCCGUAGACAGCAAUUGAGAUGGACUGUGCUUCCCCAAGGGUUCACUGAGUCCCCUAAUCUGUUUGGACAGGCCCUGGAAGAGCUCUUAAAAGAAUACCAGGUACAAACGGGAAACGUGCUGUUACAGUAUGUAGAUGAUCUGCUCAUAGCAGGGAAUAAUAAGGAGGAUGUAAGGAAAGAAAGCAUUCGACUCCUAAACUUUCUUGCACAAAAGGGACUACGAGUAUCACAAGAAAAGUUACAAUUUGUGGAGGAAAAAGUGAAAUAUUUGGGGCAUUAUUUGUUUAACGGCAAGAAGAUAUUGGAUCCAGAGCGCAUUAAAGGAAUUCUGGAAUUACCUAUGCCUGUCCGAGCAGCGCUGUGCCAACUAGCACCUAUAGAACCAUGCUUAAAUCUGAAAGGAUAUUAUUUGUGUCCUGCUUCCAACCCAGGCAAAGGGUAUUGCAACUAUCCAAACGAGUAUUAUUGUGCGUCCUGGGACUGUGUAACCCUCGCUGCGGCAUGGCAGCCGGGUAGGUCAGACCCUUUCCUCAAGACUCAGUGGGGUCCUGAGGGAUGUACACCUCCUCGAUAUGAUUCCUCGGGAGGUAUCAUAAGUCCAGGAAAUUGUGCUCAUAUAAUUCUUACAAUAUUGCAACCGGACGAUUUUGGGUGGAUAACAGGAAGAACAUGGGGAAUUAGAUAUUGGGAACCAGGUGUAGAUAGAGGAGGGCUUAUACUUAUACGAAAAGUUAAACUUCCACACGAUCCCUUACCAGUAGGACCAAACCUGGUCCUGAAUCCACCCACUUUCUCUGAAGAAAAGGUUGCCCCCGCAAGCGUCGCAACCAAUUCUCCAAACUCCCUUUCGGAAACAACUAAUGACAUUGUGACUGAAUUCUCCUCAUCCAGGGAUCGAGAGUUGUCAGAAUCCAAAGACCCCUUAUGGAAUCUAAUGCAAGCCUCUUAUCGUGCCCUUAAUGAAAGCAAACCAAAUUUAACUAAAGAAUGUUGGUUAUGUUAUAAUGUUAGACCACCAUAUUUUGAGGCAAUUGGAAAACCAGGUAGGAUUCAAUGGUCUAAUGGUUCAAACCCACGAGAAUGCCCAUGGGAUGACCAGAGGAACCAUACGCAAGGAAUUACUAUUCAAUUAGUAACAGGUCAAGGAAAAUGUAUAGGUACAGUGCCCGAAAAAUAUCAGCCUUUGUGCAAUAAAACAGUCACUAACACCAAUAUAGAGAAACACAAGAAUCAAAAUGACAAAUGGGCUAUCCCGACACCAGGAGCUAAAUGGGUUUGUUCAGACAUCGGAGUAACGCCUUGCCUAUCCCUAAACGUGUUUGAUCAAUCUCAGUUUUGCGUACAGGUGAUUAUUGUUCCUCGUCUAAUCUAUCACACCUCUGAGGAGGUGUUACGCCACUUUGAAGGAGACCUGAAUAGGCAAAAACGAGAGCCAAUUACAGUAGUAACCCUAGCUACCCUGCUGAUAGCGAGCGGAGUUGGAGCAGGUACAGGCAUAGCCUCCCUAGUGAAAGGUCAGGAGUUACAAAGUUUGCAGAUGGCUGUAGAUGAAGAUUUAGCAAAAAUAGAACAAUGUAUCCAAAAUUUAGCCACUUCAGUAAAGUCUUUAUCAGAAGUAGUACUGCAAAAUAGAAGAGGAUUAGAUCUAUUGUUUUUAAAGGAAGGAGGGUUAUGUGUAGCUCUCAAUGAAGAAUGUUGCUCUUUUGCUGACCAUACUGGAGUAGUCCAGGACACCAUGUCUGAACUCCGGAAAAGGUUAGAUCAACGUAAGAAAGAUCGUGAGGCGGGCAAGUCAUGGAACGAAAACUGGUUUAAUGUUUCACCUUGGCUAACCACUUUGUUGUCCGCCUUAGCAGGACCGCUUAUCAUGUUGAUUUUGGGACUCAUAUUUGGGCCUUGUAUAUUACGCUAUAUUUUACACUUUAUUAAAGAACGGUUUGACAUAGCUAAACUGCUUAUUUUAACUACGAGGUCUGGGGCAAAAUAUAAGAGUGUAUCUAUUAAUGAAGAUGAAGAUUGUUGUGAAUGCAUUAUGCCACGUGAGAACUAUGCCUUUUGUAAUUGUGAGGUAUUACCUUGUGAGUGUUAUGAUAAAUGUUGGGAUUGUGGAAAAAGGUUUGUUCGC